AUGCAGGUUCUUCUGUAUGGUUCUCUUUCCCAGUCUAUGCUUGUUCUCUUAACACGCAUUCUUGUCUCUCUUGCCGCGGUUUUACCUGUUCAAGCAGGAGAAUCGCGGACUGCGCGGAUCACGCGGAUUGAGCUGCGGAUCACACGGAUUGAGCUGCGGAUCACGCGGAUUGAGCUGCGGAUCACACGGAUUGAGCUGCGGAUCACACGGAUUGAGCUGCGGAUCACACGGAUUGAGCUGCGGAUCACACGGAUUGAGCUGCGGAUCACACGGAUUGAGCUGCGGAUCACACGGAUUGAGCUGCGUGGUGCAGCGUGGUGCAGCGGAGCAGAGGAGAAGUGCAGGUCCAAGGCCUGCUGCUCUCCACUGCACCUUGUGGGAGCAGCAGCAAACCGUUUGAGGCUCAGCAGCGCGCUGCUGCAGAUGAGGCUCAGGAAACAACUGCUGAAGCACGGACGGCGCUGCACUGCUGAAGAACAGAGGUAUCGGGUGCUGCUGCAGUUGAGGAUGGGCGCUGCCCUGCACCGGAGAAACUUCUGCUCUGCCAUGGCUGACGUCGCUGGCGAGGAGGCGACGCUGUGGACUUGCGAGUGUUAA